UAAUGGUUCCUGGACAACAAUGGAGCUCCGUGGAAAAGAGGAGGAACAUUUCUGCUCCAUCACGCAUUGGAAGCAGAUUCCACUUGUUGUUGGUUUCUUGCCGUGGACGUGACGGAGUCUCUUAUCCAGAUCUGAGCUGCUGGUAAAGACUCACGGGGUGAACAAAAGAAAGAGAAGAAGCCAAGGGGGGAAAGGGAGAAAGGAAGGAAGUGGGUGAGCGAGUGUGUCAGAGAGAGAGAGAGAGAGAGCAUGUAUUUCCAGCAGGAGUGAACGACCAUCGCUGAGAGUGAGAAAAGCUUUAACGGCUGUUUGACGGAGGAGUCCGACAGGAACCUGGACUAAGAGCUCCAGAAGGUCCGAUCUGGAUCCACCAGGACCCCCCAUCUGGUACCAAACUCCUUCCAGGACUAAAGUUCUGCAAACACACCUGACUGGUCUUACCAGGGUCUCUCUGUACUGGUUUCUGGCUCCUCUUGGAGACCCAAAGCCCAGGAAAGACUUUUCGGAGGUUCUUGAAGUUUCACUUCUGGAAGACUUUCUGGACCAAAACCUGAACCGGACUCUUCCUCGAAGCUCGGGUUUCUUUGUGGAUUCUAAACCCGGUAGAACAUCUCUCGUACGCUCCAUUUGGACUCCUUCUCGAAGGUCUACUGGUUCCGUGCUCGUUCUUCACGUGUUACCACUUCCACCAUCUCCCCCCCGGACCAGUUUGAAAGUAUUUCCUGGUACUGGGAAAGGUCCGAGACCCUGUGCCGGGCUGAGUGGUGAGCGGUAUGGUGGUGGGUCUGAGGCCCCUCUGCUUGCUGGUCCACCGGUUUAAGUCCGGAUGCUCCGUGGAGCUCGUCAAGGGGGACGGAGACAACGACAUGGGCAAACGGGUGGAGGUUUUUCCAUUUCCCGCCUGCUUUGCUGAUACGCUGACCGACACCAGCCAUGCUGACGUAGUUCUGGAGCCCGGCACCAAGCGCAGUAAGCUGGUCUCCAGGGUGACGUCUCUGGCCGCCCUGCUGCCGCCCGUGAAGAAGAGGAUCGGGCAGACGCUGCAGUGCUCCAUCAGUGUCCGUAAUGAGAGUCAGACGGAGAGAGCCGCUCCUCAUCUUCCUCCUCCCUUCUCCUCCUCCUCCUCUACAACGAAGAGGCGCGUUAUCUCGGCGACAGUCUCCAACCCGUCCUCAUCCAUGACUGCGACCCGGGUUUCUACGGCAACGGUCCCGGCCGCCAAGCGGCGCGACAGCAAGCUGUGGAGCGAGACGUUCGACGUCCGGCUGGGAGCGACGCAGCCGCUGAGCCCCAAGGAGAUAAAACGACAAGAGGCUAUAUUUGAGUUGGCUCAGGGCGAGCAGGACUUGGUGGAGGAUCUCAAGUUGGCUAAGAAGGCCUACCAUGACCCGAUGCUGAAGCUGUCAAUCAUGACCGAGCAGGAACUGAACCAGAUCUUCGGCACUCUGGACUCGCUGAUCCCGCUGCAUGAAGACCUGCUGAGUCGCCUCCGAGACGCCAGGAAACCCGACGGGUCCACGGAGCACGUGGGCCGCAUCCUGACGGACUGGCUUCCCGGUCUCUCCUCCUACACCUCGUACUGCAGCAACCAGGUGAAGGCCAAGGCGCUGCUGGACCAGAAGAAGCAGGACCGGCGGGUCCAGGACUUCCUGCAGCGCUGCCUCCAGUCGCCCUUCAGCAGGAAGCUGGACCUGUGGAACUUCCUGGACAUCCCCCGCAGCCGACUGGUGAAGUACCCGCUGCUGCUGAGGGAGAUCCUGAAGCACACGGCCAGCGACCACCCGGACUGGCAGCACCUGGACCAGGCGAUGCUUAUGGUCCAGAGCGUGGUGGCGGACAUCAACCGGCGGACCGGGGAGUCGGAGUGCGAGUACUACAAGGACCGCCUGCUGUACGCGGAGGACGGGCAGCGGGACGAGCUCAUCGCCCGGUCCAGAACCCUGAGCUGCCACGGGGAGCUGAAGAACCACCGGGGCCUCAAGCUCCAAGUCUUCCUCUUCCAGGACGUGCUCGUCAUCACCAGGUCGGCCUCGCCGAGCGACCAGCCAAUCGGCUACCUGCUCUGCCGCCAGCCGAUCCCCAUCCGGCGGCUGGACCUGGAGGACCUAUCGGACGGGGAGAUGAGAGUGGGCGGGUCCAUCAGAGGGGCGUUCAGCAACAAUGAGCGCACGAAGAACUUUUUCCGUGUUUCGGACCGGACCGGCGGUCCGCUGCAGAGCCACAGCUUCCAGGCGAGCGACGCCUUCAACAAGCAGCAGUGGAUCAACUGCAUCCGACAAGCCAAAGAGGCCGCGGCGCUGACCGGAGACCAGCCGCCGGAGGCCGGGCUGCGGGGACCCGGGCUGACGGGACCCGGGCUGGGGGGACCCGGGCUGGGGGGACCCGGGCUGACGGGGCCGCUCGGGGAGACGGAGACGGGGCCGGGUUCAAAAGAUCUCUGCUUGGGUGAAGAGGCCGAGGAGAGAUUGACAGGCAGGGAGAUGGAGACGGGUCAGGAUGGGGAGAUGUGUGCAGAGCCAGGAGAAAGAGGAGGAGGAGGAGGAGGAGGAGGAGGAGGAGGAGGAGGAGGAGGAGGAGGAGGAGGAGGGACUCUGAGCGGAGGUGCCAGUGACGCUCCCGCCCUCCGCCUCCCCUGUCGAGAGGAGCAGGAGGGGGAGAUGAUCAUGGACACCGGCGAGGUGGACUCCCUGCGGUGCUGAUGACACUGGAGACGAACCAAACUCACGGGGGUCUUAACACUGGUGUGUGUGUGAGGAGGAACUGGACGCCAUGUUCAAAGAUGGCUUCCUGCUCACCAGGGUCAAAGAUAUUUUUUACACGAUUCCUCAGCGGUUUUUUUUUCAUAGGAUUUCCUCCUUCUCAAAAUUCCCAUAAUGCAAAAACUUAAAUGUUUUCUGAUGGUCAGAAAAAUGACAUUUGAUUGCCUUUUUUUGAAAAAGGUUGUUGUGGGGCCGGCGGCUGCUGUCACGUGACCUGCAGUACCAACUGUGGCCACCGGAGCUAAAUCCCCUCACAGCUUCUCUGAUCCCAGUUGACUUCUUCCUGUAUUCAUUUCUCUAUGACAUUAGCUCAUGUAUAUAUUUUGCUCUUGAGCUGCCUUUUGGACCUUUGCGUAUUAAAGUUACCGCCACGGGACUUAAUUUUGUAAAAAAAUAAGAGGAAACCUUAAAGACACUCCGAGUAGAAAAGACACUUAACGAACUUCUGCUAUUUUCAUGUAUGCGAGACUUUCAGCAUCUCAGGUCACGCUACGAGUCGAUGGUAACGAAUCAUGCACCUGUAACUUCGGCUCGACAGCAGCGCAAAUACUGGAAAAUAUGAAGUAUGAAACUGGGCAUUUUAUGGGAAAUUCCAGUAUUUACCACUUGUGAUGAAGAGAUGUAGUGAAUAUGGGAGGGAGAGAAAAAACACUUCAGUCAAAGUCCAAAGGAUCUUCUACGGCUUUACAAAACCAAUCAAACAGUAAUCAUCUCAUACUUGUGUAUUUGUAUUGAUAAUUUGGGGGAUUUUCAUUUUUCAAGCUCAGCUAAAGGAUUCUUUGCUCCUUGGGAAAUUAUCUGAACUUUUUUUUUUUAAAAUCAUCUCUAAAAACUCUUCGUAAAACACUGGAGCGAACAGAGCUGUAAAGUGUCAAUAAUCUCACGAGCCUCUCCCUCUACAAUCAUAAUUAUUUGUUAAUGAAUGAAUGUUUGUGUGCAUUCAUCAAGAAGAAGAAGAAAAACUCCGAGAUGAACACAGGAAAGGAAACAUUCCUUUGCAUAAAUUCUGUAUAAUUCUGCCUAAUUUCCAUUAAUGUAAUUUUUUGUGUGAAAAUGCAGUUAGUGAUGAUUUAAGUAUGUGUUAAGUUUCAACACAUAAUUAUGGAAGUUGGGUAUGAGGGAUUUUCCCUUAACACAACAUCCUGUGAUGCCUUUUCCUGUAUACGGCCCUAAUUUGCUUAUUGCCUCAAACCUGCAUUGACGUUAACAUUUGUAAUAUUAAACAUUUAAUAAAUAGUUUUAUUGCACACUUACUGUGUGAUUCUGCGCUCUGAUAACAUUUACACGGGAGUAUUGAUGAAAAGGAGGAGGAGCCUAUUGUGUAUGUACUGUAUGUAUGUAAAGAAUGUAUAUUGAGUUUUUUUGUAUAUGAAUGUAGGAACAAAGCCAAGCACUUCUGUCUGUUAUAUAUGUGCUUACACAUUACACAUGAAAUAUGACUUGCAUUGUCAUGUUAGAUAUUAUAAACGACCAUCGUCAGGGUCGUCGUGACGCUGUCCGUUGAACUUUAUCCUGUUGAAAUGUUACUAAAGGUGUCGACUCAUGUGUCACAAGAACAAAGCAUCAAUAAAUUGUUUGAAAAAGAA